AUGAAGACCAAAAAAGGAGAGAGAUUCAAAUCUUCCUUUAAAUUGAAACAGAAAGGCAUUGAAGUCAUUGGAAAAUGGAAAACUGUGCAAAUCGACCCCAAUUUAUUUGCUGAUGAGGAUUUUGGAGAUAUAGUAUGCCUGGAGGAACUUACAGAGUACAAACCAGUAAGUUCUUCCGAAGUGGGGAAAGUAAAAGAAAAGAAGAGAAAGGCUGAGAGUGUUUCAGAAGAAGAGAAUGAGGAGGAAGAACCUGGCAUCCCUCCCAAAAAGAAAAAGAAAAGCAAAGACAUGAGAAGCAAAACAGAUAAAAACAGUGAGCAUCAAGAAAUUGAUGUGGUGGUUGACAAAGAGGCAGAGUCUAACAAAAUAAUCGAAGCAGCAAAUUGUGAGAACCAUGGACAUGUGGCUGAGAGCACUUCAAGCACAAAGGAUGCUCCGGAGAAAAAGAAGGUGACUAAAAAUAAAGCUUCUCAAGCUCAAGAAGCUCUUCCGUCAGUAACUGCUUCUAAAAAAGUGAAAAACUGGACAACAGAAGUUUUAUCCGCCUCAGCUGAUCACAAAGCUGAUGUGUCUGCGUGGAAAGACCUGUUUGUCCCUGAACCAGUGUUGCGGGCCUUGAGCUACCUGGGCUUUAGUGCUCCGACUCCUAUUCAAGCCUUAGCCUUGCCCUCUGCCAUCCGGGAUAACAUGGAUGUUCUUGGUGCUGCAGAGACAGGAAGCGGCAAAACGCUUGCAUUUGCAAUUCCAAUGAUUCACUCUGUGCUGCAGUGGCAAAAAUCAAAUAGCUCGACAAGUAGAAAUGACAGUGUUUCUAAAGAGUCCCAUCAACAUCGUGGUGAAACAAGAUGGGAAAAUGAGGAUGAAGCAGAAAAACUAACCCAUCAGCAGGCUGAAGAUAGCGGAGAUGAAGAUGAUGCAUCUUUCACAACAGGCUGUGUGAAGGUGCUGGAAAACUUCGAAUUUGAUUCUGUUGACAAGGCACAUGCUGUUGGCGCCCAUAAAAAGAGACCUCUUUUAGGACUGGUCCUUACUCCCACAAGAGAAUUAGCUGUACAAGUAAAACACCACAUUGAUGCAGUUGCGAGGUUUACAGGCAUUAAGACUGCAAUUCUAGUUGGAGGCAUGGCUGCACAGAAGCAAGAACGUGUACUGAAUCGAAAGCCAGAAAUUGUAAUUGCAACUCCAGGCCGUCUGUGGGAGUUAGUUAAAGAGAGACACCCACAUCUUUCAAAUCUUCGGCAGCUCAGGUGCCUUGUAAUUGAUGAAGCGGACCGAAUGGUUGAGAAAGGUCACUUCUUAGAGCUGUCUCAGUUGCUGGAAGUCUUAAAUGAUUCACAGUAUAACCCUCAACGACAGACUUUUGUUUUUUCUGCCACUUUGACUUUAGUCCAUCAGACUCCCACAAGAGUUUUACAGAAGAAGCAUGCUAAAAAGAUGGACAAGAAGACCAAACUAGAAUUGUUAAUGGAAAAAGUAGGAAUAAAAGGCAAACCCAAAGUGAUAGACUUAACGAGGAAAGAGGCUACUGUUGAGACUCUGAUGGAAACCAGAAUCCACUGUAAUACAAACGAGAAGGACUAUUAUCUCUAUUAUUUUCUUCUCCAGUAUCCAGGAAGAACCAUGGUCUUUGCAAACAGCAUAGACUGUGUAAAACGCCUCAGUUCUCUCCUCACAAUCUUAAAUUGCGAUCCUCUUCCUUUGCAUGCCAACAUGCACCAAAAGCAAAGGCUGAAAAACCUGGAAAGGUUUGCUGAGCGAGAGAGCUGUGUCCUCCUGACAACAGAUGUUGCAGCUCGUGGUCUUGAUAUUCCCAACGUGCAGCAUGUCAUCCACUACCAGGUCCCUCGUACUUCUGAGUUGUACGUACACAGAAGCGGCAGAACAGCCCGAGCUGCCAAUGAAGGCCUUAGCCUGUUGCUGAUUGGCCCUGAUGACUUGAUCAAUUUUAGGAAAAUUUAUAAAACAUUGGAGAAGAGUGAAGAGCUGCCAUUUUUCCCAGUUGAAACCAAGUGCAUGACUUCUAUCAAGGAGCGGAUGAAUUUGGCACGGGAGAUUGAAAAGGCGGAAUUUUUCAACAGUCGGGCAAAGCAACACAACUCCUGGCUCCAGCAAGCUGCAGAGGCUCUUGAGAUUGAUCUCGAUGAUGACAUGUUUAUGGGCAAAAAACCUAGUGAGCAAGAAGAAAGCCAGAAGCAGAAGAUGCUGAAGGGGAUGAAAAAACAACUAAAACAUAUGUUGUCCCAGCCGCUGUUUAAAGUCCUUAUGAAAACCAAAUACCCAACACAGUCUGGAAAACUACUGCCGCCUCAGACAUCAGUGGGCAUUUCAGAAUCUGCUCUGGGUACCGUGUCCAAACAACAAGCCAAGAAGAAGAAAUCAAUGAAAUUAAAUUAG